AUGAAACUUUUUGCAGCUCUUCUUGUCUCUACCGAGGCAUGGAGCCGAGGUUCUUGCUCUGACAGCGAUGCUCCAGGCGAGUGCCGGACCGAAUGCGACUUGACCUGGUUCGGAAGACGAGAUAAAAUCAACUUCAAGCAAUUCGGAAAGAGCGAGAAUGGAUUUCUAGCGCAAGCUGCUCCUCUUAGCUGGAAAGACGCCCAUCUCAGCAAAGAUGGCCAUUACAUCGGUAUGCUGAGAUUCGACCGACAAUUCUGCAAGCGACCAAUUCUCAAGGCAAUUGGAGAGGGUAAAGUAACCAUUAAUGUAUUUGAUCGAACUGAUGCAAACUACGCGCUCGAAGCUCAAUUUUACGAGAGACCGCUAAACAACGACCAAAAUAAAGAAGCAGCUUUCGUUCAAUUCCGCCGCUCUGGAUAUCUCAACGGAGAUAUGCUUUUCAAGGGCAAGGAUCGAUUCUUCAUUGAAAUGUCGAACAUCGCGGACCAUUUCGAACCUCUUGAUCCACCAAACGAAAAUGUCUCUCAUGAUGACUACUGGAUGUGUUUCAAUAAUGUCGGCUUCCUUCACCAAGCUGAUGUUGAGCAGGAAGACUUCAACGUUUCCGACUACACCAAGUGCGCUGCUUACACGCGAUAUGGCCAAGACAUGACCGAAACUACUACAACUACCACCACCACAACGACAACGACGACUACCGAAACUCUUGAAGGAGGAUGGGAGGUCGCCGGAGCGACGCUCAAAGACGGUCUCACCUGCGAUGCACCUGGAACUCCGUGGUCACCAUCUCUUCGAUCAUGGGACGAUAUGGUCACCGCGCCAUGGAGCGAAGGCCGAAUUGUUAACGGUGCUGUCGUUGAAGAAGGAAGCUGGCCGUGGAUCGCCGGACUCAACAGCGGUGGAUCUCACUGGUGCGGCGGUACCGUCAUUACAAAAAAUUCUGGUUCCCAAUCUGAUUGGGUUCUGACCGCCGCUCAUUGCUGUGAGGGUUCGUCGUCUAUCAAGGUCACUGUUGGCGAUUGGUCCCAAGAUACAGUCAGUGAGAACGAAGUUACUGUCACAUCGAAGAAUAUAAUUAUGCAUCCCAGCUACGAUGACUGGACACUUUCCCACGACUUCUGCAUGAUCGAAGUGCCUAAUCUCGUUGCUGCGGGAGCUGAUCAUCAACCUGCUUGUUUACCAGCUCAACACGUCCAGCCACAGAGAAAGUGCUACACUGCUGGAUGGGGAACAACUUCUUACGGUGGCUCUGCUUCAAGAGAUCUUCAAGCUGUUGGCUUGUGGAUCUUUGAUCAAGCCUACUGUAAUUUGACAGCGAAUGCCGGAGGUCUUGACGAGUCUAUGUUCUGUGCCGGUAUCCCAGACUUUGACGGAGAUGGAAUCACUGACGGCGGAAAAGAUGCCUGCCAGGGAGACUCCGGAGGACCACUUGUCUGCGAAGAAGAAGGCCAACCAAUCCUCUAUGGCGUCGUUUCAUGGGGAUACGGAUGCGCCGCCCAAAACAAACCUGGCGUCUGGGGAACCGUCGCUUACGCAAUCGACUGGAUCACUGAUAUUAUGUCUGCUUAA